AUUCGCAAAAAACAAAACGAAACGAUUUUUGGAUGGUCAUUCGGUACUGUUGAUAUGCUGAAUAUUAAAAUUGAGAGUGCGAUUAGCGUAAAAUGUAUGGUGAUAUUCACAAACUGUUCCGAGCCGAAGGCUGGUUCCAUCAUAGGAGCGGAGUGUUUACACGAAUUUAUCGAUUUCCAGCCGAAAACUGAUAUGGUUUUAUGUCAGAGCGAUAUAGAAGAUAGUGUUCGGAGUUUGUAUAGGAAUGGAGAUGCUAAUUACUUAUACUUCGUAAACAUGAAAAAAAUCAUAAAUGAUUUGAGAGAAAGCUUCAAGUUUGAAGAAAUCAAAGUUAUGAAGUUGAUUCGUGAAUGCGUUGAAUUUAGAGAGGAUUUGGAGAUGUGCAAUUAUUUGGAUGGGGUUUUGUUGCUGAUGAUGGGAGAGUCGGAUAAAUGCAAGGGGUUCGAUAUUUUGAACCGUAGCGACAAUCUUGUUAUUUAAAAGGGUGCGUUUGAUCGAUUCAACCAUGGCAACUAUUUAAUCAAUCAAUUGGCAGACAUGGCAAAGAAAGGGCAGGUCGUUCAAAUCCAAACAGAAUUGAAUAACGACGAGGAAUGGGAAAAGUUUUUGGAUAGAGAAGGCUUAUUGGUGAUUGACAUAUUUUCGGAAUGGUGCGGAUCGUGCAAUGCGAUGCACGCGAACUUGAAGAAAAUCAAAAUGGAAAUUGGAGGAGAUUUCAUGCAUAUUGGAAUUGCGAAAUCGGAUGGUAUAACAGCUCUAAAAAGAUUCGUUGAUAAAAGCGAACCUACUUGGAUGUUCAUUGCAAAACGACAAAUGGUUCAAUUGGUUUUUGGAUCAAACGCUCCUUUAAUUCAAAAGACAAUUUUGACUGAGCUGAAGAAAGAAAAGGAAUGUAUGAGUGGAGAAAGGGAACGAGUGGAGAGAAGUCCAGAAGAGUAUUCGGAUGAGGAAAGAGAGCGUUACUUCGAUAGAGAUGAAAAAAUUCGGAAGCGCGAAGAAAAAAUUAAGGAGAAAGCAUUCAAAACAUUAACAGAACAUAGAAUGGCUCAAUCCAAGAAUAUUUUGGACACCAUGGCUCACGUCGGUUUGAUUUUAAUUUGGCCGCAUGCGACGAGGAGUGCUCUAGAAAUCUUGGAUCCUUACUUAAAAGAGAGCAACAUUGCAAUCAGCAAAAAGGAACGACCUACAUUAACCGAAGAGGCUAUGGAAGACAUCGAGUUCUUUGCAAAACAUAAGAUACCAGAGUAUUCACGGAAACAGCUGUUCACUGAUAAAUGUUUGACACUCAUGAUGACCCAAAAUGAUGGUGGAGCCUCUGGUCCGGUAGAUGAUGCUGUCCUGCAAUUUGUCUACGGAGAUUCCAAAACACCACCUGGUGAUGUUGAAACUCCAGCUUCAAUUCUAACAAAGAAGCCGGAAAUCAAGAAUUUAGAAUCUGAUGAAACUUUGGAAGAAGUCGAUAGCGAGGAAAAGGAAAUGACGGAAGAAGAAAAGGCACAGUACGCUGUUUUAUCUGUGUUGGGUAUAGAAAACAUUCAGCAAUCCAUGCAUCAAUUCGGAUUGAUACCUGAUGAUGAUGAGGAGGAGGAGGAAGAGCAACAGGAGGACAUCUGGGGUUGCUGGGCUCCAGGCAACGAAUUGGUCAAAGCUACAGCCAUGAAAUAUUUCUUCCCCUUGAUCACCGCGCCAUUAAUAUUACCAGAACCGGAACCAAUCCCUCCUCACAUCGUCGUAGCUUUCGAUGCAUGCAAAAAAGAAGAAGUUCUAAGCUUAGCCAAUGAACAUCCCAUCGACGUGAUGGCAUUUGGAUUUUUCACAGAUGAGAAUUGCGACGAUGCCAAGUUGAUUGCUAAAUCUAAAUCUAGAUUUGAGAAGGUUGCACCUAAAAUCACUUAUGGCGAGAAAUUGAUACUGAAAGUGUCGAAAAAACAUAGCGACACUAUGUUAGCUUUUGCACAACUUGGACCAACGUACUUAAGUCCUAAUGUUGAAGAGGGAGAACGUGAAUGUGCAGUCUUCUUUCCCGAAGAUUACGUACAGGACGAUGAAGUCGUUGAGGAGGAACUGCCGCCGGAACCUAAGAAGAAAAAGAAGAAGUCAAGGACAUCUGAGACCUCCGAUAGACAUGAAGUCGAAGAAUCAUCUUCUCAACCUAUCAUGGUAGGUGUGGAAGAAUCACAUGGUCAAGAGACCACUGAAUUGCCGGAAGGUGAAGUUCCAACAACAGUGGAAGGAGCUGAAGGUGAAGUGCCACCUGCAGUGGAAGGUGCUGAAGGCGAAUCACCAAGGGAACAUGAAAUUCCCGCCGAGGAAUCGCCCAUCAGUGAAUUGCCUGGUGUAGAAGAAAGCGAGGAUAAAGCUACAUCUCCUUUACCUGAGCAGCCUGCAGAGAGUGAAGCCCAACCACCAACCGAGGCACCUGCACAAUCUUAAACUUGUUAAAUUUUCUUUAGUUUAAUUAAAUUAAUUCAAU